AUGGAGCGGCAGCCGGACCGCCUUCGUCGGCGAGCGCAGACCACUUAUGGGUUGGUUGCUUCACGGGAUAAUAAUAAGGCCUCACCCUGCCAGCAAGAAGCUGAUUCUCAAGGUGGUGAGGCACAGAUACCUAGGCUUCCAGAGGACAUCUGGUGUUAUAUACAUUCCCUAAUGCCAAUGCGAUCUGCUGCUCGAGCUGCCUGUGUGUCUCGUGCUUUUCUGCAUUCCUGGAGAUGCCAUCCCAACCUCACUUUCAGUGCCAGGACGCUGAGAUCGAAUAAGAAGGAAUAUGAAGAUGAUGAUAUUGCCAGAGAUUUCUGUAGCAAAGUUGACCAGAUUCUGAAAAGGCACUCAGGCAUUGGUGUCAAGAAACUCAACAUUCAGAUGUGUGAAGGUUACAAUGGUUAUCUCGACAGUUGGCUCCAAGUUGCUGUUAAAUCAGGAAUCGAAGAACUUUCACUUAAAAUACCAAUGAUAGCAAAAUACAGCUUUCCAUGCUCACUCUUAUCUAAUGGGAGUGGAGACUCAAUCCGAUACGUACACUUUACUGGUUGCUCCUUCCGUCCCACAACUGAACUUGGUUGUUUAAGAAGCCUGACAAAACUGCAUCUUUAUCAUGUCAGUUUUACUUGGGACGAGUUAGGGUGCCUUCUCUCCAAUUCUUUUGCCUUGGAGGUGUUGGGAAUCAGGUAUUGUGAUGGGAUAGGUUGCUUCAAGGUCCCUUGCACGCUGCAGCGCCUAAGGUACCUAGAGGUUUUAGGUUGUUGCAAGCUGGAAAUGAUAGAAAGCAAAGCUCCAAAUAUUUUCAGCUUUGACUACAAAGGAAAGCGCAUUCAACUGUCACUCGGAGAAACAUUGCAAAUGAAGGAGCUAAGAUUGUCCUUCUCUGGCGCAGUUCAUUACGUUUGUGUUGAACUUCCGUCCAGCAUGCCAAACCUUAAAGUUGCCACUAUAUCUUCGAGAAGAGAGAUCAAUACACCAUUGCUGCAUAGCAAAUAUCUCCACCUCAAAAGCCUUACUAUUUUUCUUUGCGCUGCAACCUUUCCUCCGGCCUACGAUUAUUUUUCUCUUGUUUCCUUUUUUGAUGGUUGCCCUUCCUUGGAAACUUUGGUCUUGGAUGUGUCCCAGUAUGAAAUGGAACACGUCUCCAUAUUCACGGAUCCCUCAGGUCUGAGGAAGAUGCAAGGACAGCAGCACCACAAGAUGAAGACAGUGAAGAUCCUAGGAUUCACGUCAGCAAAGAGUCUUGUUGAGCUAACAUGCCAUAUUGUUGAGAGCAUGACAUCACUCGAAUGCCUUACAUUGGAGACCUAUCAGAGUUCUUCUAGGUGCUUCGAGCCUGCUGAUAAAAGUAACAAGUGCUCCCCAUUGCCCAUUCAUGUUCUCAAGGAAGCUCAACGAGGGCUCUUGGCCAUCAGGACAUACAUUGAGCCUAAAGUUCCCGCUAUGGCAGAACGAUACACAGAUGAACAAGCAAACAAUUUUAAAUGUGAAAUGAACCUGCAAGCUAUUCUUAAGGCCAUAUUUUCCUUUUGCAAUCUCAUUUCUCAAACUGCAACACAUUUUUUUUCAGAGAAUGUUUUGGCUGAACACAUGGGGAACUAUGGAAUUAUCUUGGAAACAUGUUGCUCAAAGUUUGCAUCAAGUUUCUACAUUGCAACUCAAGUCAUCUGGCGUGUCAGUUUGGAUAGCAUAAGUAUUAAGCAACAACAAAUGGGUCAUGUUGAUGACAGUUACUCAGCCGACAGGGUUGAAGAUUCACAACUAUUCCUCUCCGUACCAGCUUUAAACCAAGCUGCAUCUUAUCUUGCCCAGACAGCUUCAUUCCUCACCCAAUGCCUCCCUGUACCUGGUUAUGUGGGUCUAUCUGAGGAGGGCCAAGAAUUAGUAACACUGCCACCUACAUCGGCCUCAGGCAGGCUUUCUGUUCAGACUUCUUCAGUAGAGCCUGCUGGCACCAAUUCAUCCCUUGGUCAGGCAGAUUGUGGUGGAAGCCCCUCUCAAGAAAACACUGGACAAAUGGUGCCUUCGCAUGUUUUUCAGAAUGGAGCUUCACUGUUCCAAGGCCUUGUUGAGCGUGCUCGGAAAACGGUCCGUGGUUCAGCAGAUGAUAUUGGCUGGCUCCGGCGGGAUCAAAGCUUGCCUACAACUGAGGAUGGGACAGCCAGAUUCUUGGAGAUUUUGGACUCUGUGAGAAAAAAUGAGCACAAGCUACCUGAUUCAGUGGUUUACUUGUUGGUUCCAGGUUUGUUUAGUAACCAUGGACCGCUUUACUUUGUCAAGACAAAGGCAUAUUUCUCCAAGAUGGGUCUAGCUUGCCAUAUUGCCAAAAUUCAUAGUGAGUCUUCAGUGAGUAAAAAUGCACGAGAGAUAAAGGAAUACAUAGAAGAAAUAUACUGGGGAUCAAGGAAACGUGUGCUACUUCUUGGUCACAGCAAGGGCGGUGUUGAUGCGGCUGCAGCCCUCUCCCUCUACUGGCCACAACUCAAAGACAAAGUCGCAGGUUUAGCAUUAGCCCAAAGUCCAUAUGGAGGAAGCCCAGUUGCUUCUGAUAUCCUGCGAGAGGGGCAGCUUGGUGACUAUGUCAGUCUGCGUAAGAUCAUGGAGAUCUUGAUAUCCAAGGUCCUUAAGGGUGAUCUGCAGGCUCUAGAAGAUCUGACUUACGAAAGGCGGAAAGAAUUCCUGCGACAGCACCCGUUGCCUCAGGAUGUUCCAAUCGUUUCGUUGCACACAGAGGCAAGCAUCACUCCCAGUGUGCUCACAGCGCUCUCUCACGUUGCACACCUGGAGCUCCCGAUUGCUGCCGACGGCAAUUCCACCAGGAUCCCAGUUGUAAUGCCGCUUUCAGCCGCGAUGGCAGCAUGCUCGCAACUGCUGGUGGCAAGGUAUGGCGAGAAGAGCGACGGUCUCGUGACGAGGAAGGACGCAGAGGUUCCUGGGUCAGUGGUGGUCCGGCCGGAGCGGAAGCUAGACCAUGCGUGGAUGGUGUAUUCAUCGCUGAAAGAAGAACCUAGGGAUCAGGCGGACACGUCGCAAGUAUGCGAAGCCCUGCUGACUCUGCUUGUCGAGGUUGCGCAGAAAAGGAGGCAUGAGAUGACCAUGAAAGACGAAUGA